CAUGAAUUUCAAUUUCAAACUCUGCAUUCUCUCCGCACAUGGACGGCGAUGAAGCUUCCAUCUUGACUUCCGUUAAUCGUCGACUCUGCCAGAAAUUAAACGGAUCACUAUAGCUUGUCAGGCUUGAAGCUCGAAAUUGGAACGCUAAAGCUCAAAUCCAAUAAAUGCAAUCGCUGGCUAUCUAACUUUCCUAGAUUGCUCUCGUGGAGAUAGCAAUCAAGUAGACAACCGGAAAGAUUGACACCGGCCAGGAAAGCGGGAGGCUUUCGAGAGGGAGAGGGAACCAGGAGUGGAGAUGUGGAGUGAAAUCGGAAUUCUAGAUGAAGAAGAUGACCAUAGAUGGACUUUUCUGAAAAAAUAACAUAUGUUACAAGGUAUCUUUAAUUUGGGACAUCAUCAAGAGUAUAAGCAUGAAUGGAACUAUGAGAUAAGGGCGCUUCUAAAAUUGUUCCCUAAAUUGCUCCCUCUGUGGACACCUUUUCUUAUCUAUUAUGUGGUUGAUGCAGGAGGUAGCACCUUCUUCAUGGAACAAGGAAAGGUGUUGGGCCAUGGGGAAGCUUCUUUGUAUAUGUUACAGAAGAUUGUUGGCUUCAUGGGUUUGGAUUUGAUAAAUUCUGGCAUCGCAAAGUUUUCGAGUAAGAGAAACCAGCCCAAAUGGGUUAUUACAGUCACAAUAAUUACUUGCGGGAUGUUCACUUGUUUUUUGAUCUGCCUUUUAAGUUGGCAUGUUGAGGCUAGCAGAUUGCAAUCAAUCAAAAACAAUCAGGAUCCCAAAAUCAUUCUACAUUUUGCGAUGUUUUUGCAGUUUAUCUUGUUAGGGACUAUGAACAAAAUGGUUGGAGAAAUGCUGGGAAAGUUCUUCUGUGAUCAUGCAGAUGAAUCCAUGCAUCAUUUAGAAUUUACAUUCAAUAGCUUUGUGGAGGGAAUGGGGAGAUUGUUGGCUGUGGCAUGCAUUCUCGUUUUUCGAAAUUGGAUUGGUGACACCAUCAACAAAAGUCAUCUUGACAAAUACUAUCGAGCACUGGCAUUUAUCAGCUUAUGGGCCUGUGUUAUAUUCAUAUAUCUAUCCUACACCUGUUAUUGGAAAAAAGAGACAGAGGAUCAUGACUCUCUUACUAAGAAGAUGGAAGAAGGUGGACUAACUUCGGAACCUCAAUCUUUCUCCCUGCACUCAUCCUCGCCAUGGUCUGCUCACUUCUCAGCUGAUGAAUCCAUCUUCGCAAGCUCAGAACACUCUCUGCACUCAUCACCACAAUCUUCAGCUUACUUCUCGACUGAUGAAUCCCACUUUGCAAGUUCAGGAAACUCCCUCCAGUCAUCACCACAAUCCUCAGCUCACCUCUCAUCCGAUCAAUCCAUCUUCGCAGGUUCAGAACAAAAAUCAUUAGUCUCAAACUUGAGCAGUAAUAGACCCUCCACUAAUAGCAAGUGCUUAAAAUCCUUGACCUGUCCAAAAGGCCCUCCACCUGGGAAAGAAACCCUCAAUGAUUAUCGGCGCUCCCGAAGUUCACCGAAUAAUCUACGCUACCGUCCAUCUGCAAAAGCUAUCUCUCACUCUCAGGGUCCUUCAGAAAUAAAUUAAGGUAUAUAGAUUUCCUCUGAUCAUAUCUUUUGGUCCAUUAUAUAAUAGAUAUCAUCAUUAUUUUAUUUAUUUUUUUUUUUUGUUAAGAGAAACACAUUAUAGUUGUAACUUUAUAUUGUUUGGUAAUGAACUGUAAUUUUAUUU